AUGUCCGCAUCUUCAGAUGCCCCAUCCCUUCCGCAAUCGCCGUCAGAACCAACAGCAACCGCCGCGACCUCGGCAUCGCCUACGCUCCACUUCCAGCAGCUAUCCGUCCCUCUUCCUCUCUCGCCGCACACGACCCUCCACGUACAGAUCACACCCCUCCAGACAUCCACAAUGGUCUUCCUGACCACCACAGAUCCAUCCUCCAGUUCCUCCCUUAGUGCCCUCGGAUCAUUCGUCUACUCUAUGCCCAACCGAUUACAACCCUCUGAGCCCCUCAGCACACCUCUCUAUGCAGUCCCUGGAAGCAUUGACUUCGCAACAAGAGUAGCUAAGAUACUCGCGAGAAGAACGGGGUUGCCUGCAUAUGUGGGCUGUAGUGCUGUCUUUGGGAGCUCGGUCAUUGAGGAGGAGAUGGCGGCUGUGCGGGCUGCGGUCGAGGGUGUCAUGGGGGUAUUGGGUGAGGGCAAGCGGUGA